AUGAAGAUUCUUAAUUCAUCGGAUGAUGAAAUGGAUGAAAUUGGAUUAGAAUUAGAAAAAUCAGAAUCAAGUUCAUCAGUAACAGAUGAUGAAUUAACUCUUCCGGAUGGAGUAUUUAUUGUUCAAGAAAUUGUUGACCAUAAAUGUUAUGGUGAGUUACGACGUAAAAAAUUGAUCGAUCGACGAAAUGUCUCUUAUAAUAGUUCAUUUUUCCGUGUUCACUGGAAGGGUUUUCCAGGUCAAGAUACUUGGGAACCGUUACAGUCCAUUCAACAUGUUGAUGUCUUCAAAGAAUAUGCACGCAAGCAUAAUCUCAUUCAUUUAAUUCCACCUAGCAGUGAUAGCAGUGAAACAGAAAGCACUGAUAGUGAUGAAAGAAGGAAGAUAGAAGGAGAAGGAGAAAGAAAUUCUGAAACCGAUAAUGGAAAAUGUCCAAGAAAAAAAGCAGAGAUUUUGAUUGAUCCAGAAACCGAAGAGGAAAAUGAUGAAAUAGUAAUUUCAAGAAGAAAUAAACGAAAAUGUCAAUGUCAUGAAUAUGAUGAUGAUGAUGUAGUGAAAUGUCCACGACAGAUGAGUUUUAAAAAGACGUGGUGGUUUCGCUCUAGCGAUAAGAAAAAGAAAUUUGGUUAUCAAAAAUUGUUCGUUCAUGAAAGAGAAUACAAUGUAUCCUGUACGUCAAAUUAUCAAGAUGUGAAAAAGGGAGAAAGAAAAGACAGCAAUCAGAGGUGUCGUAGAUCAGUUAGAAAAUACAUUGAGAUGACCAAAGAUGGAUUUACUGCAACAACUAAUCGUACUCGAUCUAUUUCACCAAUUAUUGAUAAAGUGUUACGAAAACAACAACUGCAUGGUGUAAUCGAUGAUGAAAAUUUCCGUGAUGAUCAAAAUUUUUUGAAAGGAACAAAAAUAUCCGUUGCUAUAGCACAAUCUGAAUUAUCAUUUGUGGCAAAAAAACUAGAAGAAGGCUGUAUUCUUCGUAUGUUUUGGAUGAAAAUUCAUCAAUACAAUCUUCACUCACCUUUACGACAAAUACGAAAAGCAAAAGCAUAUGAAUUGGAUCAUACUCUUUUAAGGAUUAUUAAGGAGAGUAAAAAUUUCGAAAAGCAUUAUUUCCUAUUGCGCAAAUGUUUAAGUGAGCAAAAUGCAUUGGAAUUUCUGAAGCAGUUACGAGUUAUGAAUGAGUGGUGUAUUUCAGCUUCUGAAAAUUUCGAUGAAAUAAUUUUUGCCUUAUUUACAACUAAUGAAAAUAUUUCUAAAUUUAUCCAGAUGUUAUCAAAUAAUUGCUGUGCACCUAAACAUCAUAGAUGUAGGAUUUUCAAAAUUUUAUUGUCAUGCCUUUCAUUAAAAUAUCGAGCUAAAUUGUUUGAGCGUUUAAAUCAUGAAACAAAACAUAAGCUUUUGGAUAUUGUCAUAGGAAUUGGUUGCAACGGUGGCGGAUUUUGUCUUCUUGAUACAUUGAUCAAAUACGGUAUUAAUAUUAGUUGUGCAAAAAAUCUUCCUAUACACCAAUGCAUAAUGAAUGGAAAUGAAGAAGCAGUAUUACACUUGAUUUUAAAUGGUUUUGAAGUAAGACGUGUCAAGGAUUUACCUAACAAUAAUUUACACGAACAAGCUUGCAAGAUUAUGGAUUCGAUAGAAACUUAUUUUGAUUGUUUAAAUAUGAAAAUUCAAUGCUGGACAAUGGCAUUAUUGAAGGAACAUAAUAUGAAAUUCACAGAUAAUACUAAUACAUUUCCAAUAUCAAACAUUUGUUUAUAUCGCAUUGGUCAAAUUGAUCGAAACAUGUGCCUAAUUGUUUCAUCGAAGGAAUUAUUAUCAGCGGCGACAUUUUCAUCCAAAAAAUCCCACAUAUUGGUUAUGCAUUCACUUAGUUUAUCAUCAGCUGAUGGUAUCAUGGGUAUUACUAUGCAUCAGCGUCAUUUACCUGUUCAAUUCCAUAAGAAUUUAAAAUUUCAUUUUGACAAUGAAAACGACGAAAUGGAUUUGAUUUGUGUGUGUCGCAAUAAUAACAGUUGCAUUUAUUGGUUCCCACAUGGACACAACAACAAAAUAGGUAAACAAGUACACGUAAAACUAUCGUAUACUCCAAAUGAUUAUAUCAAUGAAACGAACGAUCUUGUUGUGCUACAAAUUUGGGAUCUAAAAAUUUCUUCAGCACUUCUUCUAGCUGGCAAUCAUUUUAAAAGAUAA